AUGAAUAUAAAUAUCUAUGAAAAAAGUUAUAUUAUACUUACAACUACAUGUCGAGUUUUAUGCAUUGAGUGCCUAGCAAUAUUCCGUGAAGCAAAAACCGGGAAAGAAAUGUGGGUGGAGGAAUCCUUUACCAACUUCGACAAGGGUAUAAACUGGAGAAGUUAUGUUGUUUGCGAUGUCGCCUACAACAACGUCAACAACUGGCUUUGGACGCCCUUCAUAGAACGUGGUCCGGCCAAUCGUAUGUACAUUGAGAUCAAGUUUACUACAAGAGACUGCUCCUUGUUCCCGGGUAAUGCACUUAGCUGCAAGGAGACAUUCUCUCUGCUUUACUACGAGUUUGAUGCCGCCACCAAAGAACCUCCGCCAUGGGAACCCGAAAGUUACAAGCUGAUAGGUCGCAUAGCCGCGGGCGAGGGAAGAUUCAACACAAACACCGAAGUUAUAAUAAACACCGAAGUUAAAUCAAUACCAGUGACUAAGAAAGGAGUGUACUUUGCAUUCCGGGACCAGGGGGCUUGUAUAUCCAUCCUGGCAAUAAAAGUCUACUACAUAAGUUGUCCAGAGGUGUCUGUUAACUUUGCCCACUUCCCGGCAACGCCAACUGGCCGUGAAGUUGCCCUGAUAGAGCAAACUAUUGGCACGUGCGUUGCAAAUGCCGUGGAAAUAGACCAACCAACUUUCCUCUGCAAAGGAGACGGAAAGUGGUACUUGCCAUCUGGAGGAUGCCACUGCAAACCCGGUUAUCAAGCCGAUGUCGAGAAGCAACAGUGCACUGAGUGUCCUAUUGGCAAGUUCAAGCACGAGGCUGGCUCUCAUACGUGUGAGAAGUGUCCUGCACAUAGCACUGCUCCCGAUUAUGGAUUUGUCGAGUGCCGAUGUGAUGUCGGAUACUUCAGGGCGCCUAAAGACCCGAGGAAAAUGCCAUGCACGCAGCCACCAUCAGCCCCGCAAAACCUGACAGUGAAUUUCGUGGAUCAAUCUACGGUAAUUUUAUCCUGGAAUGCGCCUUAUCAGCAGGGAGGAAGACUUGAUAUCACUUACAGGGUUGUCUGCGACGCCUGCAGCACCGGAGUCAAGUAUAUUCCCAAUACUGAAAUCUUCAACGACACGAAGAUCACCAUCACCGGAUUAAAUGCAGUUACGACUUAUCGGUUUCAAGUGUUUGCCGAGAACGGUGUAUCACCAAUGGCGGGCCGUUCUGAGUAUGUAGAUAUUACAGUGACAACCGAGGCAAGUGUACCGAGUCUCGUCAGCAAUGUUAGGAUUACUAGCGUCAAGAGUUCCGAGCUCAGCAUCAGUUGGGAUGCUCCCAUUACUGAAUUAGGCGAGAGUGAUAUUGUUGAACGUUAUGAAGUAAAAGUAUAUCCCCGAUUUGAUGACGCAAUAAACGCAACGAUAGUGCAAACACACGAUUUAUCAGCAACAUUCAAAGGUUUGCGCCCGGCAACCGAUUACGCGAUCCAGGUGCGAGCCAAAACGACCCGCGGAUGGGGCGAGUACACACCAGUGAUCUACAAAAAGACGAACCAUGCAAUGGGACUAGACUAUGUUGGUGAUGACGACAACAUGCAGGUGCGCAUAAUCGCUGGCGCUAUAGUCGCAGUGGUGGUCUUGCUCGUGAUAAUAAUUAUCAUGACUGUCCUCUUUCUCAGAAGCAGAGCCUCUGAUGAAUGCAACAAGAAACAGCCAAGCGAUUGCGACACACUUGAAUACAGAAAUGGCGAAGUGCACUGCAAAAUGGACAGUUCACCGAUUGUGACAACUCAUACCAAUAACAAGAGCAAGUCCUCGCUGACUACGCCACUAUUCACGCCUGCAGUAGGUGUUACCGCGGGGGCAGGUAACGCCAGUGGCACUAGUGCACGAAGUUACGUUGAUCCACAUACAUACGAAGAUCCUAAUCAAGCGGUACGUGAAUUUGCACGUGAAAUAGACGCUGGUUACAUAACGAUCGAAGCAAUAAUUGGUGGCGGAGAAUUCGGCGAUGUGUGUCGCGGAAAAUUGAAGCUACCACCUGAUGGCCGCGCAGAGAUAGACGUGGCCAUAAAAACCCUGAAACCCGGCUCGGCUGACAAAGCCCGGAAUGAUUUCCUGACGGAAGCAUCAAUAAUGGGCCAGUUCGAGCACCCCAAUGUGAUAUUCCUCCAAGGCGUAGUGACUAAGAGUAAUCCGGUGAUGAUCAUCACCGAGUUUAUGGAGAACGGUAGCCUAGACACUUUUCUACGUGCCAACGACGGCAAAUUCCAGGUCCUCCAGCUCGUGGGGAUGCUAAGGGGCAUCGCCAGCGGGAUGCAGUACCUCGCUGAAAUGAACUACGUCCACCGAGACCUAGCAGCCAGGAACGUCCUCGUCAACGCAGCCCUGGUUUGCAAAAUCGCCGACUUUGGGCUUAGUCGCGAGAUCGAGAGUGCCACGGAAGGAGCCUACACAACACGGGGAGGAAAAAUACCAGUCCGAUGGACAGCUCCAGAAGCGAUAGCAUUCAGAAAAUUCACGAGUGCAUCGGACGUGUGGAGCAUGGGCAUUGUGUGCUGGGAAGUAAUGUCAUACGGCGAGCGACCAUACUGGAACUGGUCCAAUCAAGAUGUGAUAAAAUCCAUCGAGAAGGGCUACAGAUUGCCGGCACCCAUGGAUUGUCCGGAGGCUAUUUAUCAGCUGAUGCUUGACUGCUGGCAGAAGGAACGUACACACCGGCCUACCUUCGCCAAUCUUACGCAGACGCUGGAUAAACUCAUCAGGAGUCCGGACACGCUCAGGAAAAUCGCUCAGAACAGUGUGAGGCCGCCAGCACACAACCCUUAUUACGUGACAAGCCAAUCGAUGAAUUCUGGUUUAGUCCAAGGUCCAGGACAAUUUGUUGAUGUAUCUGGGGGCCACCAGGCCCAAUCAUCAGCAACGAUUGCCGUUCCAGUAAUGCCAGCGGGAGCCGGACUGUUUAUUGCACUAACAAAUGUACUAACAAUUAUCAGAAUCAGAGAAAGGGGUGCACCACCCCCACCUCCACCCGCCACAUCAGCUACCACCGUGCAUUUCAAACAAAGGGGAGCAAAUCCACUGGCCCCGGACGCGAUUGACCUGACCCAGCUGACGUCAGUGUCGGAGUGGCUGGCUUCCAUAAAGAUGUCCCGGUACUUGGAGAGCUUCGAGCGAGCCGGAGUGACCACCCUGGAAGCAGCCGCCAGAGUGACAGUCCAGGAGCUGACGGCUCUCGGGAUCACCCUCGUCGGGCACCAGAAGAAGAUAAUGAACAGUGUGACCGCCCUGAGAGCCCAGAUGUCCGCCACCUCCCAGGGCUUUCUCGUCUGA